GCUACGAUUAACGAAAAUAUACCAAAAUGGGACGAUAUCGAUAUUUUGCAUCCUCAAAAAUUCAAUAAUACACUUUAUGAAAUUCUUCGUUUCAAUGAAUUAUUAGCAAGAGUUCAAUUUAAAUGCGAUCUGGUGGUGUUGAUUGGUAAGCGCAAUUCUGGAUUUAAUAUUUGUAUGGAUCCUCCAUUUGUUCAAAACGGAAGCAAAAUGGGAGAAGCGCUGUAUAUAAGUGGUUCAACCUACGAUGAUAUUCUUUUUAUGAAAACAUUAAAUCCAAAACGUUGGGUUGGCUUUGUACCUGAAGGCUUUGAAACACUCGAUAAACUUGAUGAUGUUGAUAUCGAGCUGCACUAUCUUUUGGAGUUAAAGGAUUCUGAGGAUUUCACCAUAUCAGAAAUUGUAAAUGAAAUUACAAACCGGAAUUUUGAUAGUGCAUUUAUUAAUCUUUAUUCGCCUUUUAUUAGUAAUCCUGAAAAUGGUGGUGUUCUGAAAGCGAAACAGUUGCAAAUUAUAAUUGAAAUUGGUUCUCGAAAUAAGGAAAAUGUCAUUUUUUCUUGGUAUAAGUUACUUUACCGAUUCUUUUUCGAUUUUAAUUAUGCAUUAAUUGGCGCUCAGUCUGAUGGAUUUUGUGGUCGAAAGAUAAAAUCAUGUAAAUAUCGAUUGAGUUUCGUGCAAAGUAAUUUAGCUGAACCUCCAGUUUUCGGUUUCGGUUAAUAUUCGCUAAUGGAAACAUCAGAUGAAUUUAAAAUUUUCGCACCUUAGAUUGCAGCAAAUUUCAGAUUUGGGCCUUUUAAUCGUAGUUUUCCUUUUGGUUUGUCUCCAACUUAUAAUUCGGUCACUAUUCCCGAUGGGAAUGGUUAUUGGCAGCUUUUGUCAUUCUCUAAAAUAAUAAAUUAUGCAAAUCGCCAAAUUUUAUCUGGUUUAAUUUUGGAUUUAAAUGGUGCGGAAUGGGAUAUUUUCGAUUCACUUUCAAAAUCUGAACAUUUGAGAAGAUUUUCUCAAAUCGUAUUCACUAUAAGGUAA